CAGAUAUUGAUAGCGGAUGCUGUUACUACAUGUCUUUCUCCCGCUGUGUAUGAUAUGAUUUGUAAGCUUGGGUUUGAAGCCAUAGGAAAUUGUCAUGUUGAUAGCAUUGUAACUGAAAAUGGCAAAGUUUGCUGGAAAACAAUCACAGAAUGUGUGAGUUACACAGGAUCAGACCAAAGCCUGGAUUACCAGGGAAGUGUGCGACUGCUGGGCCCCCUGUGUGAAACUGUCCAUCGGCACGUCUCAUCUUUGACCAAGGAGCAAUUUCAAGUUCGAUAUGCGCAGUGGUUCCAGUGGACAAAUUUCCCAGAGUUAUUUCCUGAAGUAUUUGACGCCUUGGAAAGUCUUCAGUCUACAGCUGUUUCUCUCAGCAUAAUGAAACUCACAUCAUGUCUGGAACGAGCUCUGGGCGAUGUGUUUCUGCUGCUUGGGAAGGAUUGCCCCUUUCUCCUGAGAGAUCUGCUUGCUUCUUAUGAACUGGCUCAAGUCUUCGGGAAGCCUGUGAUGGACGUACUAAAAGUGUUCGUUGGCUCUCCAUGUGGACUCAACCUGCGCAACGUCUUAUGGCAUGGGUUUGCAGCCCCUCAGGAGAUCCCACCACAGUACUGUUCAAUGAUGCUGCUGCUGACAGCAGGAUUGGGUCAGCUCCUGGGCACUUUCCUUCACCAAACUCACCGUGCAUUGGUGCAUCGAAGUUUCAUGACUCUCACAAACUUGGAGAAUUUGAUAGUUUUUCCCGAUGUUACUUAUGAGGUGCUUUCAGUGUUGGAAGACGUGAUGAAGAAAUCUACGUUUAUAUUCAGGACCAUGCUACCAUACUGGGAGCUUGCGGUCUUCAAGUUCAGGUCCCAGAGGUUUGCUGACUGUGUUAUAUUGCUGUUGACACAAGUAGAAGGCGGUCUGAGAAGAGCUUUCGCCACCGUCAACAGAUGCCCGCGGAGACUCCUGACAGCCGAGUCAACAGCUCUCUACACCACCUUGGAUGAGGUGCUGGCAGAAGGGUUGGAGGAUGGCACCACCAAUCAGCUGCCAGCUCUCCUGGGCGAGCCCACGCUGGAAUUUCUCUGGGACUUCCUGAACCAUCAGGAGGGGCCCCGCGUCAGAGACCGUCUCAGCCACGGAGAAUUCCGCCUCAGUGAGUUUCCGGAAGCCGCAGCCUGUCAGUUUCUGGCGUUUUCCAUUGUACUGUUACUCAGAUUCACACCUGCAGACCUGGCGUCAGAGUGGAAGGAGAGAGCAGCAGUAAAGUCCCUGAUUGGCAUUGCGGAAGGCUAUACUUCUCGUCUCCAUCCAGCUUCUCAGCUUAAAAAGCAGGUGCUGAGCUGUGAAGCAAGCAUCCGCAGCUGGCUGGUGUUGCCUUUGCCAGAAGCACGUGCUCCCGAAGUGUCCAGGUUAGAAGGUCGAUUUGAAACAAAUGCUUGCAGUUCUUUAAUUACAAAGAUUAUGUCCGAGCUGUGCUGUCACCUUCCUGGACAUCAUUGUGAUACUGAUGACGUGCACAAUCUCCAUACUGAGAAAUGGUCCCAAGUGCUAAGCGCGCUCUGUGCCACACCCGUCCCAACGCUGUACUGUUCCCGGAGUGUUCUUGAAGUGCUUGCUGUGCUCCGGAAAGUCAGUGCGCAGUGCCACCAAGUGUCUGAGCAGGUCCUUUCGUCUGCGGAGCGGCGGCACCAGCAGUGGGUGGAGAAGACCCUGCGGUCUCGGCAGAGAGACAACUACCUACGCAUGUUACAGAGUAUGAAGCUUCUAUCUCCUGUGCUUUAUCUCAUCUUACUGCUCACUGCACUGGAGUUGGUCAACAUUCACUCUGUUCAAGGAAAAACGGUUUGUGAAUACCAGCAAUAUUUAAAGUUCCUAAAGUCGGUCUUGCAGUACACCCAGAACCUGGUGACGUACACUAGCCAGGGGAAGAACAAAUGGAGUGAAACGGCCAAGCUUACCCACCGAGCCUUACUGAGAAUCUGGACGUUUAGUGAGAAGCAGCAGAUGCUAAUACAUUUAGCCAAGAAACCACAGAUAAAGUUGUCUUAG